AUGCCCACUGGCAGCCGUCUCAAGAGCAGCAGGAAACAAGCUGCUGAUGUACAGGACCUUGGAGUCUGGUUGUGUCUCUCGCAAGAGCUUCCGCCGCGUCUGCCCCACUCCGAGCUGCCCUGGUCGCGAGUGGCGCCCGGUGUUUCCACAGAAGCCUGCGACUCGGCGCCCGGCUCGGCCGACCGGCUCUACUGGCUCCGCAACGGCCAGCGGCUGCCGCCACCCACGCCCGACCGGUUCUGGGAGCCCGGCGCCUACUUGUGUGUGCGGGAAGGGAACCGCACGGUUAGCUUGCAGCGGGCCCUGCUCGUGACGGAAGAGGACGACGGCGGUCUCUGCACCGCGGGCCUUCCCACCGACGAAGACCGAAGUCGGCCCGCCCUGAUCGCCCAGCGGUGGGCCCUCACGGCCGCCCACUGCCUGCCAGAACGGAGCGACACCCAGUUGGCCGUGUUGCUGGGAGCGACGCGCCAGAGUGGCCCGCGGAUCGGCGUGCUGCGCGCCGUGCCGCAUCCGGACUACGUGCGCGGGACCCCGUCGCGAGAGCACGACGUCGCCCUGCUGCUACUGGAACGGCGCGCCGAGCGGCUGACCGUGGCCUGCUUGCCGCCAGCCGGGGGCUACCUCGAGCGCUUCUCGCAGGGCGUCCUCUUCGGCUGGGGCCGCGUCGGACCCCGCGGCGGCCCCGCGCUUAAACUGCAGAGGCAUCGCUCGUUUUGCGCCGGAUUCGGCGAGGCCUACCGUGCCGACGCCUGCGAAGGGGACAGCGGGGGCCCUUGGUCGGAUUCGUGGACGGGCGACCCGUGCUCUUGGGCCUCGUCAGCUGGGGGCACGCGUGCGCGAGGCCCUUCACCUUCGGCGUGUACACGCGCGUGGGACAGUUACCUGGCAUGGAUCCGUGGUCACGUCACGAGCGCCUCUGUAGACUGA